CUUCUCUGACGUCUCAGUCUAUGACAGCCCACAAUGGCUGAAGUUUGAGAAAUAUGACUGUCGGCCCUGAGGAGCAGCAGACUGGUAGCGGCAGUUCUCCAAGCAUGCCUGGGGAAAUCCUCCGCUGUCUUUAAGAAGGAUUCACUGGAGCGGACAAAGAUGGGGUGGAGAGUGAUAUUAGCUUUGGUCCACACCUUCGCUGUCCGCAGCCUCUGUCUUCAGGAGGACGUCUCUGUAAUCUCGCCACAGAACUGUUCUCUCGAUUGCAUCAUCAAGGGGAAGGCCAUCUGUGAAUACUGCAGAAUCACAAGAGAAGAUGUUUCGAUGACUUUAGGUGUCUCGACCGAGGAAAUGUUUGGGAGUUGUGUGCCCUGGCCCUGCAGCCUGUUCCUGGGGGUGCACAUCCCGACUGCAUGCCAGCACUAUGUCCACGCCCCUCAUGACAUCACUGUGGAGUUUCUGCCCAAUGACAGCCCUCUGUAUGACAUCGCCGUCAUCUCCUGGAGACCCAGCCUCUAUGGGCUUUCCUUCCUGCGAGGAUUCCAGGUGUCUCUGCAGGCUCUGGGAGGAACGCAGACGGACUGCCAGCUCUUUCUGUUCCAGAGCAACCUGACUCUGUCUGCGGCCGAAGCGGACAGGGUGUACAGAUCGGAUCCCUUCCAGCUGGCCUUGGAUGCCCAAUUUGCUGUCACAGUGAUGGCCCUGCCAGUCCCAGAGCAAUGGAGCAACUUUUACAAGAGCGAGUACUUCUCCACACGCUCCUGCCUUGAGAAGAACGGGCUUGAGCAGUGUCAGAAGGACUGGUAUCCAAGCGAUAUAAAAGUGGAGCAGCACGGACUUGACAUUGUUGUGACCUUCAAUCUCGCGCCGCCAAAUCUAGGAAUCAACAAGUAUUUCUCAUGGUGUUAUGGAGGAGGGAAACGCAAUUACACAACAAUUAAAGUAAACCCCACAGCCAACGUGACCCACCACCGUUACCAACUGCUUCAUCUCAAACCAGAAACCCACUAUUCCUGUGAGCUUGCCGCUGAUGUGGUAGACGCCAUCAGGAAAACAUUCGACUUUCAAGUGAGAGGAAUAGAGGAAGAGCCUUCGUCCUUCACCACCGAUGGGUCCCUCCUGGCCUUGCUCUUACCGGUGCUCAUCCUGCUGGCCAUUUUGUCUGUGGUUUUUGUUCUCGUCAUCAACCAGAAGAAGCUCAGAGGGAGUAAGAGGAAGACCAAAGUGGCUGCAGAUGUCAUUAAGCAGCAUGAUUCCAAAUGUGUGCUUCAGGAGCAAAACCUGGUCCUUCUUGCGAGGCCUCGCCCCCCUCGACUGCUGAUUUGCUACUCAAACGUAGAUGGCCCCGCCCACGUUAGGGCAGUCAUGCUUCUGGCUGCCUUCAUUCAACAGCAUUUUGCCACACAGGUGUUUCUGGACCUGUGGGAGGAGCUGAGUCUGACGGAGGAGGGGCUAAUGAGCUGGCUGUGCCGGAGGCUGGAGGAGAGUGACUUCGUGCUGGUGGUCUGCUCCCAGGGGCUGCAGCAGGAGCUCCGGAGGAGCGCAGAGGAGGGUGCAGGGGGCAGCGAAGGAGGCGCAGCCAUCGUUGCUGUGUCUCUGAUCGGGGAGGCGCUGGCUCGGGCCCAGGCCGGGGGGCAAGGCCUCUCCAAAUACAUGACUGUUAUUUUUGACUACUCAAGAGAAACGGACGUGCCUGGAGUGCUGGGCCUGGCUACCCGCUACUCCCUGAUGAGAGAUUUGCCGCUGCUGUUCUCACACCUCCACGGGGUGGCACUAGAGGGCCCCGGGAGGCACCUGCAGGUGGAGCACAUCUCGGAGGAGGCGUACCACAAGCUGCCUGCAGGGGGAGCUCUUCAGUGGGCCCUUCAUGAGGCUGGACAGCAGUGAAGGAAUGGAGAAGAGGAAGAUGAUGAAGCAGCAGCCCAGCCCCUUUAACGGCUCUUCCUCUCAGCAGCGUAGGAUAAUCCCUACGGGACUGAGCUCCUGACCUGGAGGCUGUGGCUUCCAUAUGAAUGGACCGCACGUAAAAAUGUAAUCUCUGUAAGUCGCUGUGGAUUCGAGCGUCUGCCUGCAACCUUAAAGUAAAUGUGAGCGCCCGAGUGUUUCUCCUCCCUCACCUCCUGUUUCACCUCCUACACAGGAGACCCAGGGCCAUGUACUGUAACAUUAUAAACCAGGGCUCCCCCAACCAGGGCUCCCCAAACAUGCCGCCCCAUACAGGGCUCCCCCAAACAGAGCUCCCCCAAACAGGGCUCCCCCAAACAGGGCUCCCCCAAACAGGGCUCCCCAAACAGUCCACCCCAUAUGGGCUCCCCAAACAGGGCUCCCCCAUACAGUGCUCCCCCAAACAGGGCUCCCCCAAACAGGGCUCCCCAAACAGGGCUCCCCAAACAGGGCUCCCCCAAACAGGGCUCCCCCAAACAGAGCUCCCCACCUACCUUAAAACUCUCUGUAUUGCAAUGAAGGUUUGGCUCCUGGCCAUUUUCUUUGUCUUUAUGUAGUUCUUUGAAUGGGUUCAUUCCAGAAUUUAUCAUUCGUCUGAUUUCAGCCCUCCCGCAUCAAAAAACUGCUGUAAAAAAUGGCUGUGAAACACAGAACUAAUGUGCUGCCAUCCUGUUAUUAUUUCACACCGUGGAGUAAGGAAGCCGACACUGGGAGCAUGGGACUACAUCGUAAAAUGCACUUGGAUACCUGAACAGUGUAACCUUGGGCACAUUGACAUGUAAUGUCAAAUAAACGUGUGUACAAUGGCAGUAAUGUAAAUUUUUCAAAAUUAUAUUUAUAUUUCUGUGUUCAUUAACAUGCACACAUUUGUAUUUAUUGUCAAUGAAUAAAAUUAUUUCAGUAUAACAAUGCGUCUGUAUAU